GCCACUUCCGGCGCCUCGCGUGGCUGAGGCGUGUCGGUUUGCUCCGAAGCCGAGCGUGUUCGCCUUGCUUGCUUUCCGCUGCCAUGAAGCCGAGAAAAAGCAAAAAACGGGUUCCCAGCUUCCGCAAGCUGUUGAAAACAAGUAAAAUAAAACUUGACAACAAGUUAAAAAACAAACAGUUUAAGCAGCAGAGUACUGCCAAGAAAUACCGAAAAGAACAAAGGAAGCUCAGACAAGCUGUCAAAGAUGCUGUAUCCAAGAAGCCAAUGCCUUUGGAGGAUAACAAGAAAAAACAUCCAGAAAGGGAAGAAGAAGAAGAGGAAGCUCUUCCUCUGGAUAUGAUGGAUGAAGAUGAUAUGAAAUUAAUGGAGGAACUUGCUCAAAGGGCAUCUUUUAUUACACGAGAUCUUUCUUCCAAUGAACCUGUUCAUGCCAAGAAACGUAAGAAUGAGAGUGUGAUUGAGAAAUAUGAGAAGAAGCCAAGGCGCAUGCAGACUGAGCCUGAAAAAGAACUUAUUCAUCUGCUUCCCAUCAAAGACAAACGUGGAAUUAUUCCACAGACCAUGGAAAAGCCAGUUAAAGAGGAAGAGGAAGAGGAAGAGAAGGAUGAAAUAGAAGAAAUGGAAGAGGCACAAGCUCUUGAAGAACCAUUACCUGUUCUCACUGCUGAAGAACUGCUAGUUCAUAGGAAAAAGAAGCUACAAGAGAAAAAGAUGCACAUAGCUGCCUUAGCAUCUGCCAUCUUGUCUGACCCAGAAAAUAAUAUAAAGAAGCUGAAAGAGUUGCGUGCGAUGUUAAUGGAACAGGAUCCCAAUGUAGCCGUGAUUGUGCGAAAGCUGGUGAUGAUUUCUCUGAUGGAGCUUUUCAAAGAUAUUACUCCAUCUUACAAAAUCAGACCUUUAACUGAGAAAGAGAAAAACACAAAGGUUAGAAAAGAAACUCAGAAAUUAAGAGAAUUUGAAGAAGGCAUUGUCAGCCAGUACAAGUUUUAUUUAGAAAAUCUGGAGCAAUCUGUGAAAGAUUGGAAGCAAAGGAAGCUGAAGAAAAGCAAUGUGAUUUCACUAAAAGCAUAUAAAGGCCUUGCAGAGAUUGCUGUGAAGUGCUUGUGUGAGCUGUUGGUGGCCCUGCCUCACUUCAACUUCCACAAUAAUAUUAUUGUACUCAUCGUGCCACUCAUGAACGAUGCUUCAAAACAGAUUUCUGAAAUGUGCUGUGGUGCAGUAAAGACCCUCUUCAAGCAGGAUAAACUUGGCUAUGCCUCACUUGGUGUGGUGAAGGUGAUUUCUGGCCUUGUGAAAAGCAGGAAUUAUGAUGUUAGACCUGAGGUGCUAAUGACACUAAUUCACCUAAGAAUUAAGGAAGUAGAAGUGAAAAAAGAUGCAGAAGACAUCACGCCAAAGAAGAGGUUCAUGUCUUAUCAAGAGAAACGGAAAAAUCUGUCAAGGAUGCAAAGAAAGUGGAAAAAAGCAGAAGAGAAACUAGAAAGAGAACUCUUAGAAGCAGAAGCCUCAGAGAGCACAGAGAAAAAACUGAAACUGCACACAGAAACCUUGAAUAUUGUAUUUUUAACUUACUUCCGAAUACUGAAAAAAGCACAGAAGUCUCCCCUUUUGCCUGCUGUGUUGGAAGGCCUUGCAAAGUUCGCCCACCUCAUAAAUUUGGAAUUUUUUGAUGACCUUUUGCUUGUUCUACAUUCUCUUAUGGUCUCAGGGGUGUUAAGCCACAGAGAGAGUCUGCACUGUAUUCUUUCUGCUUUCCACAUUUUGUCUGGUCAAGGUGAUGUCCUUAACAUUGACCCUUUGAAGUUCUACACACACCUUUACAAGAUACUACUUAAACUACAUGCAGGUGCUACAAAUGAAGAUGUGGCGAUAGUGCUGCAGUGCCUGGAUGUGAUGCUCACCAAACGUAGGAAGCAGGUGUCCCAGCAGAGAGCUCUUGCUUUCAUAAAGCGCCUCUCCACAGUAGCCCUCCAUCUCCUUCCAGACUCCUGCAUUGGUAUCUUGGCAACCAACAGAACAUUAAUGCAUACUUUCCCAAAGACAGACCUUCUCCUAGACAAUGAAUCUCAAGGGAGUGGACUUUACCUUCCUGAGCUGGAUGAACCAGAGUACUGUAAUGCUCAGAACACAGCCCUGUGGGAACUGCACACUCUGCGGAGACAUUAUCACCCAGUCGUUCAGAAAUUUGCAGCUCACCUUGUGGCUGGUGCCCCAGCAGAAGGAUCAGAAUCUCUUGGGCAUGAAUUUAGUCGGAGGUUGCCUACAGAACUUUUUGAGGCCUACAGUAUGAAAGGAAUGACUUUUAAUCCUCGUGUUGCGUCAGUGGCACCCAGGAAAAAGGGUAAAUUUUCACAAGAGGCAUCAUUUCUGAAUGAAGACUUGAAUGAAUUGUUUAAGGUUUAUUUUGGAAGGCCAGUUCCACAAGGAGCCCUCGAUUUCACAAAACACUUAAAGGGAUUGCCAGUUUCCUAAGUAUAUUACAAACCAUUGCAAUCUAUUUAAAGGAACUAAAUACAUGAAAGAAAUACUGACCUGGUCUACAAAUAAUUUAAAUAAAGUGGGUCUUUUUAUUAUGGAUGCUGGAUUUCCAGGAAUGAAGAAGCAAUUAAUGGACAGCACUGUACUUUGGAAUCCUAGGACCACUGAUUCCAUAUUUAUUGCUGUAGUUAUUAUGGUUUGUAAGCUUUGAGUUUAUGUAUAAUAUUGUACAAUAUUUUCAUUGGAAAUGGAUGAUUUUUCUAAAAUGACAUGAAUUUGAAUUGAUUCUAGAAAACUAUUUUAAUUGUAUCAAUAUAUAAACCUUUUUUUAAAAGAAAAAAAGAUUUCAGGCCAAUCGUUCUGUUGUUAUCUCACCUACCUAUGAUAUAAACUAUAAGCAGGUGUUGAAAAACAGUGGUGCGUGGAUAUCCACUCCCACAGAGCACAAUCCCACCGUUUUAUGUUUAUUUUUUAAUUUAAUGUCUCUAUUAAAUGGGCUAUGAGAAAGUGACUGCAAUUAACAUUUAGCCCCUCUCCCCCUGCAUUGAGAUUCCCCACACCACAAUAGUUUGUACAGUUAUAAGGUUACUCUUCCUGUAUUGGGCCUAGUAUCACAAAAGCAAAUGGGGAUUCAUCAUAGCAUCUACCAAAAAUUUCUGUGCAUGGCCUAAGUGCCCAACCAGACAUUAUAAACAACUGCCCUGAUGCUUUUUUUCUUUUUAAAUGACAUGUGGGCUAAAUGUUAAGUGGGGAAGUCGUGGGAUAAGGAAGGCUGCUUAACUCUUUUCCGUCAGCUAUUUUCCUGCUUCAGAUCUCCCUCUCUACUCCUGCUGAUGGAAAAAACCCAACUUUUUAGCAGGGAAACAUUUUCUGUAAUAUUGCCAUUUCUUCCUUUAAAUUUUGUGUCCCGAGGCUGCUUCCCACUGAAAAAUAAAAAUUGCACCCAGCUAGGUGUAAUGUGUAGUUUUGCCCUAAAUUGUAGACCAAGUUAGUAUUUUCCUGCUGCAGUGUGAACACAGUGCAUCUAUUUCAAGCAUCAAAAGGAGUAGUGAGAGAUGGAUAAGUUGUUGACCUGCAUAAGAGCAAUGAGCAAGUAAGCAUUCUGCCCUCCUUAUUUGCUAGUGGUGAAAUGUGCAGAUAACUGGAAAUAUUUUGCUAUUCUGUACAAAUGUUUUAUGGUUGCAAUGUAUUGUAGCUGAAAGAAGUUUGACAACUUUUGGCUCUUCAUUUGUUAUAUUGGUGAUCUAGGUCUCAAUUUGAGUGUCAGCCUGCAAUCCUAGACUACACACUUACCUGAGAGCAAGCUCUAUUGAACUUUCUGGGGCUUACAUCCAAGUAGACAUAGUGCAGUCUCAUCAUUUGGGAAAUGCAGAAAUGGAAUUGAGAGAGAAAGUGACGUGACCAGACCAAACACUUAGCUCCCAGAUUCAACUCCAACACACGACCAAGUCAAAUUAAGUUAUCUUACCUAAAUCUGGCUGAAGUCCAUUUGUGUUCUCAUCAAUCUUCAGAGAGGUAUACAGUGGAACGGAAUCAGAACCCAAUCGAUUGCAGGGCACAGCGUAUAUGUCAAAAAGAUCCUUCAGAUCCUUGCGGCUUCGAACGCUGUUCAUACAUGAUGCAUUUUAUUAUCAAUUCUUGUUAAAACAUUGGUUUUUAAAAAAACUCUCAGGUAAGAAUCAAUAAAAGAGAUUUUACCUGAAAGACUUGAAGAGCUCUACAAACUCAACAAAGCUCAUGUUGCUAUCGGAAACCAUACAGGUUUGGAAGCCCUUCAGCCCCCCUUUUCCUCUUCCAUGCCAGCUGCUGCUGCUCCAUGUGCUAAAGAAAUAAAGGUAUGUAAUGGAAACUA